CCAAUUCGCGCGUAGAAUUUGGUGACGCGUCUCUUUUCUCUCUCUUCUUCUUCUUCUCCCUUUAAUUAUCAUCACAAGACCUCUCUCUCUCUCUCACUCCAAGAACUCCACGCCACCAUCCCCACCGCCUCCAUUCCACCGCCGCCACAAGCCUCGCCUCGCCGCGCCGCGUUCUCGGCCACGGCGGCGCCAAUGGCCGACCGCGUCUACCCGGCCGCGAAGCCCAACCCACCGCCGGCAAUGGCGAACGCGGGCGGCGGCGGCGCGACGGCGUCGUUCCCGGCGCCCAAGUCGCAGAUGUACCAGCGGCCAAUCUACCGGCCGCAGGCGGCGGCGGCGAAGCGGCGGCGCGGGCGUUCCUGCCGAUGCAGCUUCUGCUGCUGCUUCUGCUGGGCGCUGCUGGUCGUCAUCCUCCUGGCGCUCGUCGCCGCCGUCGCCGGCGGCGCGUUCUACCUGCUCUACCGCCCGCACCGCCCCAGCUUCACCGUCUCGUCCGUCAAGCUCACCGCGCUCAACCUCUCGUCGUCGCCCACCUCGCCGUCGCUCACCGACUCCAUCCAGCUCACCGUCACCGCCAAGAACCCCAACAAGAAGGUCGUCUACCUCUACGACGACUUCUCCUUCUCCGCCUCCACCGCCGCCAACGCCGUCCCGCUCGGCGCCGCCACGUCGCCGGGCUUCACCCACGACGCCGGCAACACCACCGUCUUCACCGCCACCAUCGCCGCCAACGCCGUCGCCGUCGACCCGGCCGCCGCCGCCUCCGACAUCAAGAAGUCCGGCGCCUUCUCCGUCGCCGUCGACGCCGAGACGCGCGCCGGCGUCAGGGUGGGCAGCCUCAAGACCAAGAAGAUCGGCAUCCAGGUGCACUGCGAGGGCAUCAAGGUGACGCCGCCGCCGCCCGCCGCCCUGCCGCGCCCCAAGGCGGUGAAGGGGAAGAACGGCACCGUGCUGGCUCCGGCGCCGGCGCCGGCGGACUCCGACACGGCGGCGACCACCGCCGCGACGGUGAGCACCGCGGCGCACUCGUGCAAGGUCAGAGUCCGUGUCAAGAUCUGGAAGUGGACCUUUUAGGUACAGAAUUUCGCGAAAGUUUAGGGGCUCGGAUGCAAAAUUUUCAGAAAAAAGGAUUUUCACUUUAUCAUUUAUUAUAUAUUGGAGUAGAAAUACCAUGCGUCGGUGGGGUGUAAAUUCUCUCAAACAUUUGUUUUUUUGUUUUUUUGCUUUUCGUUUUCUUCUAUAUUAUCUUAUUAAAUACUUUUUUCCUCCUCUUUGUAGCGAAUGUACUGUAUAAUUUUGUGAUUUAUUAUUUGUAACAUUAUAAUUUGAAUUUUAUAUUUAAAUUUUCUACCUA